AUGAAUAAGAUCAAAGUAAGCCAGAAGAAUUACCUACAAAGAAGUAAUUUCUAUAAAUUCGAAAGAAACGGCACUGAAUGGGAAUAUAUAUUUGCAUCAAAUUCAGCUUGUUUUGAUUAUAAUAAUAGCACAGCUGUUAAUAAUGAUGUGAUUUCGUCACUUAAUUAUUGCAUCAGUGAUGAAAGAUAUGAUAAAACUGCAGCGAUGUGUGUGGUUUUGAAAUUAUCUCAAGAUUGCUCUUUUGAUGUGAGGCUUCAACGAAGUAGAAAUGGGCCAUAUAAGAAUAUCUGGGAUAUGCCUUGCGGAGAAUUACAACAACACAUUGGUUACAAAAAUGGUAUAUGCUAUAAUAGUGAAAAUAUGGUGUUAUAG